GAGAGAGAGAGAGAGGGGGUGGGGGCUUGUAUCAAAUGAUGAACAUGGCUGGGAGGUCAUCAUCACCCUUAUCUGAUCUUCUAUUUCUGAGGAGAUAUAUCUGAUCUUUCUUCCGAGGUUGGCUUUCAUGGAAUACCAUAUUCAUGUUGGCAUAUUAAGAGAAGAAUUCCCUCCUUCCCCAUCGUUUAGCCAGUUCCCUCUACCGAGUUCCACCCCCAACACAAACACGUGCAUCCACUUCUUGAUCUCCAUAGCCAGAGAAUCCACUCUUCCAUUUCUGGUUUCUGGGUUCUUUUCGUUGGAGUGAAUCUUGGGAGGAUUGUAAUUGUAGAAUCAACAUCCAUUUCGAUAUCAGAAGCUGCUACAUGCAAGCGUAAUAUAUAUUAAAAGCAAGAGAAGAUUUGUGUUUCAUGGCUCGAGAACACUGUGAAGGUAAAUCGGGAACAUGGUUUCUUCAGCUGGCUUUUGUUACUCGGAUGUUUCUAGUAACCCGAACAUUCAGACUCAUCUGGUGAACCAGAUCCAAGGCUUUGGGUCCAACCAAGAGAUGUUCAACUUGACCACUGGCAUGGAUAUGAUAGGGAUUUCAAAGAAUCUACACGGCCAACAGAGUGACAGUGACUCAGUCAUGUGGAAAGGGUUCUUUGGAAAGUCUCAAAGCCACCCUGGUCCAUCCUCUUCAAAGACGAUCAACGAGUCUACGAGUGAUUUUUAUCAGCAUGAGUUCAAUAAGCCUGAUUUCACAACUGGUAUUUCUGAAACAAGUAGCGAGAACCUAAUAGUUGCAGCACAAGAAUCUGGAGCUUGGCAGGAGAAUAGACUGCUCGUCGAUGAUUCUUCUUUGAGAUGUGUGUUUCCUUGUGAAGGAAAUGAAAGGCCAAGUCAAGGUCUUUCACUCUCUCUUUGUUCAAGCAAUCCCUCAACUAUAGGGGUACAAUCCUUUGAGCUAAGGCACAGUAAUCAUCACCGUCAAGACCAACAAGAUGAUAUGAGGUUUGUUGCUUCAAGUUCUAGAGAUGGGUUUUACGGAAAAUCAUCCAACAUCCAACAGCAACAAAUAAUGCAAGAUGGGUCAUUGGGAAAAGCUUCAAAUCUUCAUCAAGAGCAGUUCCAGCUCAGGAACUCAAAGUAUUUGGCCCCUGCACAGGAACUUCUGAAUGAGUUCUGUAGCCUUGGAGCAAAGCAAACUGAUCCACUGAAGCAAAAGCCCCACAAGGCCAAGAAGUGGGAAGAGGAUAAUGGCAGUAGUUCUUCCAGAAAGCAGGCUCUUCACUCCAUCGAAUACAUGGAAUUGCAGAAAAGAAAGGCAAAAUUGCUUUCAAUGCUGGAAGAGGUGGAAAGAAGGUACAGGCACUAUUGUAAUCAAAUGAAGGCAGUGGUGUCGUCUUUCGAAGCCGUGGCUGGCCACGGGGCAGCGACGGUCUACUCUGCGUUGGCUUCAAAAGCCAUGUCAAGGCAUUUUAGAUGUUUGAAAGAUGGGAUUGUGGGUCAGAUUCAGGCAACCAAGAGAGCCAUGGGUGAAAAGGAUACUGCUGCACCCGGCACAACCAGAGGCGAAACACCAAGGCUUAGGAUUCUUGACCAAACACUGAGGCAACAGAGGGCGUUUCAGCAAAUGAACAUGAUGGAGAGCCAUCCAUGGAGACCCCAACGCGGCCUUCCCGAGCGAUCCGUUUCUGUUCUUCGAGCGUGGCUUUUUGAGCAUUUUCUCCACCCGUACCCAAGCGAUGUUGAUAAACAUAUCUUAGCCCGCCAAACUGGUCUCUCAAGAAGCCAGGUAUCCAAUUGGUUCAUUAAUGCGAGGGUGAGACUGUGGAAACCCAUGGUUGAAGAUAUGUACGUAGAGGAGACAAAAGAGCAAGACAACAACUUGACUUCCUCGGAUGGAGUUACAGAUCUUGAUGAGAACGGCCGGCAAAAUCAAAACCCGCUUCGAACACGCAUUGAGGAUCAAAAACCUACCCAGGACCAACUUGUCCGAAUAGACUCUGAGUGCCUCUCAUCCAUCAUCAGCAAUAACCCGGACAAAAAUCACUCUAAAAGCAGUACUAAAGCCUUUCAAAACCACCAUAUCCACAUGCACCAACAACACGGUUUCGGGCGUGUCGCCGAGGCAUAUGGGGCGAUGGAGCUGGACUUUUCAUCUUAUAAUCAACACCCGGCUGGUGCGGUGUCUUAUGCCAAUAACAGUGCUACUCAGAAUAUAAACAGUGGUGGUGUGUCUUUGACAUUAGGGUUGCAGCAGCAUGGUGGGAGUGGGGUGAGCUUGGCCUUCUCGCCUGCCUCGCAAAGUUCUCUGUUUUAUGCUAGAGACCACAUUGAUGAAUGCCAAACAGUUCAGUACUCGCUUCUUGAUAGCGAAGGACAGAAUCUCCCGUACAGAAAUUUGAUGGGAGCGCAGCUGCUCCACGACUUGGCUGGAUAGAAUCGAAUAACUAGCUAAGUCCGAUGUGGUUGGAGAGUUUGGAGAAAAAUUCUUAUCAAAGGCGGUGAAUUUUAUUGGUGAUGGCCGUAGAUAAAUUGUUUUAGGUACAUAUAUAUUAUAAAUACUUCAUACAUACAUGAUACAUAAAGCUAUACUUGGUUGGAUAAUAGUAUAUGAAUAUGAUGAUCUCACGAUCCAUGGCGAGCUAGCUGGUGAUUUUUUGGAAACUUUUCUUGAUUAUUGUAAGAACAUGAUCCACCUUAUAAUUAUUACCUUUAGGCUAAGUUGAAACUGCUGGUGAUUGAUGCAAUGAAUAUACUUAAUUAA